AUGAAAAAAAAAUCAAAUAAUAAUGAUGAUGCACCAAAUGUUCUUGUUACAUUAAAUUUAUUACGUGUACUUGUACGUUAUCCACAACAAUUACGUAAUAUAUUUGAAAUAAAUCUUGUUAAUGUACCAACUGUUGCAUGGAAACGUCUUAUACCACAAUUAUUUUCUCGUUUGAAUUAUCCUGAUAGUUUUGUUCGAGAUUAUGUUACGAAUUUAUUAAUACGCAUAGCAAAAGAUUAUCCACAAUUAAUACUUUAUUCAGUUAUUGUUGAUGAAAAUAUUUAUCAAAGAAAAUCUUUGAGUACACAUGGAUCAGAUAAAGAUGAAUCACAAAAUGAUAUUGAAGAAGAUGAUGAUAUUGGACAACAAGAAAAUGUUGUAGCUAUACAAAAUAGUUUUAGACUAAUCUAUAAUGUACUUUCGGAAACAAAUGCACAUGCAGUUGGACAAGUUAAAUUAUUUGUACAUGAAUUAUGA